UAAAACCCUUAUCCCCAUUAAAAGAAUUCUAAGAAAAAACCUCGAAUCCUCCUCCUACUCUCUCAGUCAGCCAGAAAAAUGUCCAUACACUACAUGUUGACAUCGCCAUCGUCACUGAGAUUAUCCGAUUUCAUCUCUUCGUUUCCCCAAGAAACCAAUCACAGAUGGAUUCGUUUCUCAUUGAAUCUCGGCGAUGCGAGGAGGCCGACGAAGACGAGGAUAACUUGCGGUGCGAUUUCGUCAAGGAGGAGACUUGCUGAGAGAGAGAGCGCGGAGAGAGAGAACAGAGUUCUUGUUCGGAGUCUGAUGUCGAGGAUCAGUGACAGAGAGCCAUUGGUGAAGACCCUUGACAAGUAUGUGAAGGUCGUAAGAGGUGAGCACUGUUUCAUACUCUUUGAAGAGCUUGGCAAAACCGAUAAGUGGCUCCAAUGCCUUGAGGUGUUCAGGUGGAUGCAGAAACAGAGGUGGUACAUAGCAGAUAAUGGAGUCUACUCGAAAUUGAUAUCCGUAAUGGGCAAAAAGGGUCAAACCAGGAUGGCAAUGUGGCUGUUUUCCGAGAUGAAAAACAGUGGGUGUCGUCCUGAUGCUUCUGUUUACAACGCGCUCAUAACGGCUCAUCUUCAUACACGUGACAAGGCAAAAGCUUUGGAGAAAGUUCGUGGAUACUUUGAUAGAAUGAAAGGAAUGGAACGGUGUCAACCAAAUGUUGUGACUUAUAAUAUCCUGUUGAGGGCUUUUGCUCAAUCUGGUAAAGUGGACGAAGUUAAUGCUUUGUUUAAAGACUUGGAUAUUAGUCCAGUUUCUCCUGACGUUUACACCUUUAACGGUGUUAUGGAUGCGUAUGGGAAAAACGGGAUGAUUAAGGAGAUGGAAUCUGUGCUUACUCGUAUGAGGAGUCAUGAGUGUAAGCCAGACAUCAUCACCUUUAAUUUGCUUAUUGACUCGUAUGGUAAGAAGCAAGAGUUUGAGAAGAUGGAGCAGACUUUUAAGAGUUUAAUGCGGUCCAAGGAGAAGCCAACUCUGCCUACAUUCAAUUCAAUGAUUAUAAAUUAUGGGAAAGCUCGUCUGAUAGAUAAGGCGGAAUGGGUUUUCAAGAAGAUGAAUGAUAUGAGCUACAUGCCGAGUUUUAUCACAUAUGAGUGCAUGAUCAUGAUGUACGGUUACUGUGGCUCUGUUUCCAGAGCUCGGGAAAUAUUUGAGGAAGUUGUUGAAUCAGAGAGGCUGUUGAAAGCGUCAACACUCAAUGCCAUGCUUGAAGUUUACUGUGUUAAUGGUCUUCACAUGGAAGCAGAUAAGCUUUUCCAUAACGCAAGUGCUUUUCGAGUUCAUCCAGAUGCAUCGACGUAUAAGUUUCUAUAUAAGGCAUAUACUAAGGCAGAUAUGAAGGAGCAUGUCCAAAUACUGAUGAAGAAAAUGGAGAAAGAUGGGAUUGUACCUAAUAAGAGGUUCUUCUUGGAAGCCCUUGAAGUUUUUGCAGGUUCGGAUUCUGGAAACAGGAAAUCAACUCGUUCAAGCAGGCCACGAGACAGUCAAGGACGUGGUGGGAGAAAUUUGACUGAGUUCCAAGAUAAAGAUGUAACAAAACCGAACAAACUCUAAGCUGGAUGUGAAUCUGAUUGCACUGCACUCCACCCUGAGUCAUG